AGUCACGGUGAUGGUGAAGGAGCAGUCAUGGUGGCGGGGUGUUGGAGGUCACUGUUGAGGCCACACGUGAAGCUCCUUCCCCGCACCAUGUCCUCCCACACUGAUAUUCCCACCAAAAUACCGAGACUGAGUGAAAGAUUAGUGUGGGUGGAUCUUGAGAUGACAGGAUUGGAUGUGGAGAAAGAGGAAAUUAUGGAGGCAGCAGUUAUUAUUACAGACAGUGAACUAAAUGUUGUGUCAGAGGGCCCUAACAUCAUCUUGAAGGUGGAGGACAAAGUGCUGGACAACAUGAAUGACUGGUGUAGGCAGCACCAUGGCAAGUCUGGGCUGACAGAGGGCUGUCGUAAGAGCAUCAUCUCCCUUUCAGCAGCAGAGGACCAGCUGCUCCAGUUUGUUACUCAGCACACCGAGAAGGGUAAGGCCCCAUUAGCUGGUAACUCAGUGCAUGCAGACAAGAAGUUCUUGGAUAAAUACAUGCCUAAGUUGAUGAAGCAUCUCCAUUAUCGCAUUGUUGAUGUUUCCACCGUCAAAGAGCUGUGCAGACGUUGGUACCCGGAGGAUUUUACUGCUGCCCCCAGCAAGAAAGUGUCUCAUAGAGCUUUGGAUGAUAUCAAAGAAAGUAUUGAAGAGCUUAAAUAUUAUAAAUCAUCCAUAUUCAAAUGAAACCUCAGGUAAAACUCUGUUAUGUACGAGCUUUGACGUUAGAAUAAAAUUGACAAGUACUAUUA